CACUGGGCACUGUAAACAAAUUUAGCAUAAUUUCCGAGAAAUUCAGCAAUUUGUAAAGCGCGAUGGACGACUCAAACUCCGGGAACUCUGAUGAGUCUGCUAGGGGUGCUGCUGCCCUGGAAAGCACUGUUAAAAAGAAGACAAUCCUAGUGGAGUAUCCUGGACUGGUGAACAAUGUGGACAAGUGCCUGAGGACGCUGGGAGGCAUCGGGAAAUUAUCUGAGACAUUCGGGAAUGAGAAGAAGCGCCUGGAACUCAAAUUCACUCCUGAAAAUCUCUACAGCAAGCCUGUGUUUGCUGAUGAGCACGGCACAAUGGGACUUCUGCUGAAGAUCAAACUCCCACGGAGGCCGCUUGUGAACACGGUGGAAGUCCCUUCGGAUAGAGUAGAGAUUGUGGCUAAGAUAGAGUCCUGCUACAGAUUCUCCGGGCUCUGUGACUUCCAAUUGCUGCCGAUCGUUAAGCGGGAAAGUGGCAGAGUGGAGAUGAUCUACAAGGAAUUGAUUCCAACGUACAAAGAUGGAUAUUCCUGGCUCACGGAGAAUCCCAAUGUUCCCUACUUCCUGCCUCCGUUGCUGUUCUCUCGCAUGGACACUGUGCAGCAUAAAAUCUUCCGGCCGACUUAUAUCACGGAGAAGGGAACUGUCACUCCCAAAUUCCAGCAGAGGAAAAAACGCAGCCGGUACAAUAUCUUUGCCUCAUUCAAUUUGCAUGAUCCCUUCCCGGACAAAAUGAAUCCCGCAGCUGCAGAGAUGCUCAAAAUCAAGUUCAUCUCCACGGAGGAGUUCAAUGUGGUUAAAGGGCUUUUUGAGGAACGAGCCAUUUGGUCCAGGAUGGCCCUUUGCUACGUCUCAAAUGUCUCUAUGAGCCGGCUCCGCGUCAUUCUGCCCACACUGGGCUUCUUCUUCAAUUCCGGGCCCUGGAGGGGACUCUGGUGCAAGUUUGGCUAUGAUCCCCGGAAGCACUUUGACAGCCGACACUACCAAGUCCUAGACUAUCGGCUGAGGAAUCAAGUUGGAGCCAGGUACUAUGUCUCCCGGAAGAGUUCCCACGUCAUUGGGGCCGUCAACAAAGCCAGUGUCAACAAAAAGACACUCAGGCCGAAGACCGAAGAGGAAAAGGAUGCAGAAACACAAAUCUACUCUCCCUACUUCGAAGAAGGAAAAAUGCCAGGAGCUCGUCAAGUUAACUACCAAUACUGCGAUAUCCGUGUGGCCAAGAUCCAGGAGAUGCUGGAAAAACUUCCUGGACCCCUCCAUGGGACAACGUGCACAGAAAGAACUGGUUGGUUGCCGCCGGGAUUCGAGAUGCAGUGCCGUGAAAUUAUGAAUGAACUCCUCAGGGAACAUUUUCAGGCGGAGAUUCUCAAACGGGAGGAGAUGUCCGGGGAUGAGGAAAUGUCCAGUGCGGAGGAAGAGGAGGAUUCAACGCUGGACGAAACCUUCGAAGAGAUGGACAUUGACGAGGAAGAUAAUAAAUAAAUUGAAUAAAUCCCAUUGAGAAA